AUGGAGAACAAGGGCUCCGGGGGCGUAGCAAACACGCCCGCACUUCCGACUCCACGACCGCCGGCUCCGUCACCUAAAGCCCCACGACCUGCAGCACCACGACAUAAACCAUUCACCCCGAAGGAAGCCAAAGCGGGGAUCGAAACAUGCACCCAGAAAUUCCGAAACUCAACCCGCUCUGAAUCCCUGACGGCUUUGUUCGAGCAAGGGCAGAAAACAAGUAUCACGCAGUGCAUCUGUCUUGACCUCGGCCCAUUCAUGAGCUUCGAGAACAAGAGCGCAAGGGAGACUUCAACACCUCUCUCCACCAACCAGCCAUGCUGGAAUUGCUCCUCAACGGUCAGACGAAAGACGAGAGAAAUCAAAGUCUACUCCCAAGACCCCGUCUUCACGCGAUCAGAACGCGACCACCUCCAACCCCGCGUCCACACCGUCCUCCACAACGACGACGCUUUCGCCAAGAUGUCCAAAACCACAUUCCUAUCCGCGCCAUAUCUGGACGCGAAAAACAUCUCCCGAGCGCUCACGGACACUUCUCCCUCAACUCUGUACAUCGGCACCGACCUCGACGCCGCCAUCGCGGACAUCGGCAAGGACAACGCCAAAGAGUUUCCGGGCGGGAAGGAGAAGUGUUUCCGUCCGUUGCGGGAGUUCGGGCGAGACUCGGCCGAGACGCUGCGGUUGCCGAUCUUCGCCCACGGUGUCCGAGACGGUCAUGAUGUCUGGGCGGAAGCGAGUGUUUCAUUGGAGAGUGCCCGAUGGUGGAGGGAAAAAGGAUGUCCGCGAAAAUUCCAAGAAGUCCGAGACAGACUGCACGUUGGUUCUUCGCCGAACCCCCCCGAGGCCGCAGAAACCUUCUGCAAUCUGAAUGGUGCAGCGCACGCUGUAAUACAGUCCAUCGAAAAGAAGGAAGGGACGUGGUAUAGUACGACCGGAUGUGACAACAAUGGCCCUCGCAGUCAGGCUUCCCUCACGGUGCUACAGUUGACUCCAGCAAGCAUGAUGCGCGCCGGCGCCCAGGUCUAG